AUGGCAGGCACAUCAAAGCUGACCCCGCCGCCAUCGCCGCCAUCUCCGUCGGCGUCAUACUACGAUAUCAGCGACGAUGAAGAACAUGAAUACAACACCAUUGCGCAUUCCAGUUCGGGGAGGGGCGUAAAACUUCUAUUCUCAAAGAGCAAGGUGUAUAUCCACCCUACACCGUCGGCAAAAGACAACAUCCCGGGCUUCAUUGCGCUGCUUCAACAAAAGCCCGUAACCGUCCCGACGUCUCAAAAUACAUCUGCGUCCUCCUCACAGAAGGAUGCUGCAUCCUAUCUCCUCGCAUGGGUGCCUGAGUCCGCCAUGGGCGACGCUUAUGACACCUAUGUAAAAGUCGACCUUUCCGAAAAUAACUCUCCGCCUCGACAGACCUACCUCGUCCCUGCACUUCCUACGAUGACUACAUAUUCUGAUACAAUCGGCAUGUAUGCUUUUGCCGUCCCGCUCUCAGAGAUAUAUUCCUUGUGGGUGCGACCACCAAGUCUUGGGUGGUGGUAUGGGAGUCUAGUUAUUUGCACUAGGUCGGGAGACAACUUUCCAGCUCUGUUCUUUCACGACAACGAGUGCGAGUCUACUAUAUUACAGAAACGAAGGAUGACUCGUGAGAGUUUUGACCCUUUCUCGGCGGACGGUAGCAUGUUUUGGGGUGGAGAUGAAGUCCUGCGAUGGGUGAGACGGUAUGUGGACGUUCAACGAGCUGGUGCUGAUCCAAGCAAAUACCUCAUCAAUCCAUCGGAGGAAGAUAAACUUUCAUUCGGUCGCUCCCUUGGAUCUAAAUCAGAUGCAGCCAAAGGCGCUUCUUCAAGUCAAGCACCACGUGAUGCCACCAUGGAUCCUAUUACUAAAGCUCUAAAGGAGACGAGAUGGAAAGUCCUGGAGGGACUCAGUCGGAUUACCACUUUCACAAGACGGACUGCAAAUGACCUGGCUGAAAAUCCUAUUAUACCAACGCAAGUGCGACGAUUAAUGAAGAACCCCGAGAUACAAACACUACAAAAUGAGUUUGACAGCGCGAGGAUCUAUCUUGCACGAUGGGCGAUGAACAUUGCCGAACAAAGUGAACGAGAAAGAAAUCAACGUAUCUGGACGGCGCAGGAUAUGCUCGCAUCAGAGGAUAGUUCUGUUGGACAAUUUGAAAUCCUUGAGCUCGAGACGGGGACAAUGUCUUUACAGGAGCGUCGGAAACCGGUAACAUUACAAGAAUGGAAUAGUUGGUUCAAUAGCCACGAUGGCCAUUUACAGAUUACUGUCGAUAAGGUCAAAGAACGAAUCUUUCAUGGCGGCCUUGAUCCCAACGAUGGCGUCCGCAAGGAGGCUUGGCUCUAUUUAUUGGGUGUAUAUCCAUGGAACAGCAGCGAGGAUGAUCGCCGAGCUAUCAUGAACUCUCGAAGAGAUCAAUAUGUGAGGUUAAAGGGAGCAUGGUGGGAGAGGAUGGUUGACGGAGACACCUCAAGCAAGGAAUACGAGUCUUGGAAGGAGCAGAAAGCGCGUAUCGAAAAAGAUGUCCAUCGUACCGACAGGACGAUCCCACUGUUUUCUGGAGAAGAUAUACCUCAUCCUGAUCCUGACUCGCCAUUUGCCGAUGCGGGGACAAAUGUUCACUUGGAGCAGAUGAAAGAUAUGCUCCUGACUUAUCACGAGUAUAACCCUGGACUGGGAUAUGUUCAAGGAAUGAGUGACCUCCUUGCACCGAUUUAUGCUGUUAUGCAGGAUGAUGCGGUGGCGUUUUGGGGGUUCGUCGGUUUCAUGGAGCGAAUGGAACGAAACUUCCUACGGGAUCAAUCAGGCAUGCGUGCUCAGCUUCUAACACUAGAUCAUCUGGUUCAACUCAUGGAUCCUCAGCUCUACCUUCACCUUCAAUCCGCCGACAGCACUAAUUUCUUCUUCUUUUUCCGUAUGCUUUUGGUAUGGUACAAGCGCGAAUUCGAAUGGGGUGACAUCCUUCGAUUAUGGGAAACAUUGUGGACGAAUUACUACUCUAGCAGCUUCCACCUGUUUAUCGCGUUAGCGAUUCUGGAGAAGCACCGAGAAGUCAUCAUAGACCAUCUCAAGCAUUUUGAUGAGGUUUUGAAAUACAUCAACGAACUCUCAAAUACAAUGGAGCUUGUUCCUAUCCUUACACGCGCAGAAUCACUCUUCCGCCGUUUUGAGCGAGUAGUCCAAGCUGUUGACAAGAAGAACAACUUCCCAGUACCCAACGGUGUCGGUAUCCAAGCCGAUUCACGCGCUCAAAAGGGGAAAUCGCCCGCUCGUCCGACAGAUAACGCUGGAGCAGCGAAGAAAGAGAGGGUUAUAUCUCCUGAACUCCGUCAGUUGCUGAGUCGAGAGAAUAUAACAGUUGCCUCAAUCAGUCAGGCAGAAGACGCUGGUCCUAGUACCGCUACGAAACCAUAG